UUCGCAGCGUUUGAGUCGCCGGGUCCGGUUCCGAAAAAUCUCCGUGCGAUAAGGAUAAAUCUCUAAUAUAAAAUAAUAUAGAAAGUGAAAGACUCUGCGAAGAUGUCCUCGAAAGUGAUAACCUCGUUAAUGGCCGAGAGUAUUCUGCUCUCUAAAGUGGGCCAAGUGAUAUCGGGCUACUCCCCGAUAACGGUAUUUCUCAUCGGAUCCAUUGUAAUAUUCCUGGUGGUCUAUAACAAGCGCCGAUCCCGUCUGGUCAAGUAUAUCGAAAAGAUCCCGGGACCAGCGGCCAUGCCCUUUCUGGGCAAUGCCAUCGAAAUGAACGUGGAUCACGAUGAGCUCUUUAAUCGCGUCAUCGGCAUGCAGAAAUUGUGGGGCACGCGUAUUGGAAUCAAUCGUGUUUGGCAGGGAACAGCGCCACGAGUGCUCCUCUUCGAGCCCGAAACUGUCGAGCCCAUACUGAACAGCCAGAAGUUUGUGAACAAGAGUAGCGAUUACGACUACUUGCAUCCUUGGCUGGGAGAAGGUUUGCUCACCAGCACCGAUCGCAAGUGGCACUCACGCAGGAAGAUCCUCACGCCCGCCUUCCACUUUAAAAUCUUGGACGACUUCAUUGAUGUUUUCAACGAGCAGAGCGCUGUGCUGGCCAGAAAAUUGGCGGUGGAAGUGGGCAGCGAGGCGUUUAACCUGUUCCCCUACGUCACGCUCUGCACUUUGGACAUUGUUUGUGAAACCGCCAUGGGUCGCAGAAUUUAUGCCCAGAGCAAUAGUGAAUCGGAGUAUGUGAAGGCGGUCUACGGCAUUGGUUCGAUUGUUCAGAGUCGUCAGUCGAAGAUUUGGCUGCAGAGCGACUUGAUUUUCAGUCUGACUGCAGACUACAAGCUCCACCAGAGCUACAUAAACACUCUGCACGGAUUUUCCAACAUGGUGAUCCGCGAACGCAAAGCAGAGUUGAAAAUUCUCGAAGAGAACAAUAAUAACAACAAUAAUAAUGAGCCCGAUGGCUAUGAUGAUCUGGGCAAGAAGAAGCGUCUGGCCUUCCUGGAUCUGCUGAUCGAUGCUUCUAAGGAGGGAACAGUGCUUUCCAAUGAGGACAUUCGCGAGGAGGUGGACACUUUUAUGUUCGAGGGUCAUGAUACCACUUCGGCUGCUAUUUCCUGGACUCUAUUCCUGCUGGGCUGCCAUCCGGAAUAUCAGGAGCAGGUGGUGGAGGAACUGGACGCGAUCUUUGGUGACGACAAGGAGACACCGGCCACCAUGAAGAAUCUGUUGGAUAUGCGAUACCUGGAGUGCUGCAUCAAGGACUCGCUGCGCCUGUUUCCCAGUGUGCCCAUGAUGGCCAGGAUGGUGGGCGAGGAUGUAAAUAUUGGUGGAAAAGUGGUUCCCGCUGGAACCCAAGCUAUCAUCAUGACUUACGCUCUUCACCGCAAUCCUCGGGUUUUCCCCAAGCCGGAACAGUUCAAUCCGGACAACUUCCUGCCGGAAAACUGCGCCGGUCGCCAUCCCUUCGCCUACAUUCCUUUCAGCGCAGGACCUCGCAAUUGCAUUGGUCAGAAGUUUGCCAUUCUGGAGGAGAAGGCCGUGAUUUCCACAGUUUUGAGGAAAUACAAGAUCGAGGCCGUCGAUCGGCGCGAGGAUCUCACUUUGCUGGGCGAACUCAUCCUGCGACCCAAGGAUGGCCUAAGGGUUAAGAUUACACCAAGGGACUAAAAAGUCUUCCCCCAUUCGCUUCGAUCCAAAGUACAUUGUAAAUAAUUAGAGUUAACCGGAUAUCAUAGGUCUAGAGAAUAGUUUAUGUUAAACUUUGUAACCGACGCAAUACUUCUUAGCCUAAGAAUAAACCUCAUUGA